CUUUCCACUUCCUCCAAACUCAACCCGGAUCAAGACUUCCUUUUCGAAAGCAAGUCUCGACAACAAAUCCGCCUUCCACCCGACACCCCUACCGAUAUCAUUUAGUACUUUAGACGUUGUCUCAACCGCCACAAUGUCACCCCGCACCGAUUUCCCUCCCGUCCGGGCCUGCCUGUUCGACAUGGACGGCCUUCUCCUCGACACCGAGGACAUCUAUACCCUCUGUGUCAACGAGCUUCUUCGAAAGCACAAGAAGGAGAAGUUCCCCUUGCCUUGGAGCAUCAAGGCUCAGCUUCAAGGUCGCCCCGGUCCCGCGGCCCUUGACAUAUUCCAUAACUGGGCCGAUUUGCCCAUUACUCGUGAGCAGUACAAAGAGGAGUAUUACGCUCUUCAAGCUCAAAAGUUUCAGUUCACCUCGGCUCUUCCCGGUGUCGAGGAGCUUCUACAGAAGCUUGGCAGUACCCGCUACUGGGAUCUAAAGGGGGAUGCUACUACCACCAACGGCGCACUCGCACAAAAACCUCAUCGCGUUCAUAUCGCUCUUGCUACCUCUUCUCAUGAAGCGAACUUUCGAAUGAAGACCAACCAUCUGACCGAACUGUUCUCGGUCUUUGAGAGUCACCGUCGCGUUCUUGGUGACGACAAGCGCAUCCCGCAGGGCCGCGGCAAGCCCCUUCCCGAUAUUUACCUAAUCGCCCUCAAGACCAUCAACGAUUCACUUCCUGAGGGCGAGAAGCCCAUCACUCCCGAGGAAUGCCUUGUCUUCGAAGACAGCAUCCCCGGCGUCGAGGCCGGUCGUCGUGCCGGCAUGCGCGUUGUUUGGUGCCCGCACCCUAUGCUCAAGCAAGAGGCUCAAGCCAGCCUCACUAACGGCACUACCGAAGCCAACACCGAGAAGUCCGGUGAGGCGGACAGCGAAAAGCCUGGUGAAGUUGACGAUGGUUGGGCAGAGUACCUUCCUAGUUUAAUCGACUUUCCGUACGAGAAGUACGGCAUUCACAUUCCCGAUGAGGCCGUUGAUCAGGAGCCCUCAAUGAAGGAAACCGCCAAGAUUGACGAGGGCGAAGUUCUUCAGGCUGUCCAGACCGAGGUCGUCGAGAACUGAGCAAGUUCGACAUGCUCACCAACCCUUUACAUCAUUUCACAUACUCAGCACGUUCAUUUUCUCGCAUGAGUUCUCAAACUUACAACUUUGGCUUCUAUUUCGUGGUGGCAGGCAGCAUGGCAAGUCACCGGACAACUGGUUUAGGCGAAUGGAGUUUCAGGUUGGGAGGCUACCACCAAAAAAUUGAAACAUAUUUCGGCAGGGACCUUAUGGCAUGGCCUGAGGUAUAGAUGGAAUGGUAAUCAGGGACAUAGGAGGAUCACGUAGCUAGCAUCUAGACGCAAUUGCUUUCCAUCAAAAGAGUCGUUAGAGCUUCGUAGAUACCCCUCAAAUUUAUUCAUGCGUAUUAUAACAACCG